AUGGAAGAAGAGGAAGAAUCAAAAGAGAAAAAAAUAUUUGAUAAUGGAUUAGAUAAUCAUGAAAUGAAGAAUAAUGGUGUGGAACGAAAUGUUGAGAGUCCUCAGAAGAAAAAUAUGAAAUCUGGCAGUGACAUUGGGGAUGGGCAGGCAAAUGAAAAUGUGCACUCACAAGGACAUGAGAUUGUUGGUAAUGCAGAAGGUUUAAAAUAUUCGUCUGGGGAGUACUCAACAGAGGGUAAUCUUUUCCCAGUUGCUGACAUGCAACAUGAUCAUCUUUCUUAUUCAGGUUCACAUGUAUAUUCUCCUGUUAGUUCUCCACAAAAGUCUUGGGAUCAAAAUGCUGGGCAAAAUACGUCUGCAGAGUUAUUGCAUUUAAUUGAUUCUGCUAUCAUGGGGAAACCUGAAGGUAUGGAGAAAUUGAAGAAUAUUGCAAGUGGUGUAGAAAUUUUUGGGAAUGGUGAAGAAAUGGACAGCGUGUCCUUCUUAAUAGUAGAUUCACUUCUUGCAACAAUGGGUGGGGUUGAAAGUUUUGAAGAGGAUGGUGAUAAUCCUCCUAGUGUAAUGCUGAAUUCUCGGGCAGCCAUUGUGUCGGGUGAACUGAUUCCUUGGCUUCCUUACGUUGGUGAUUCUGAUAUUUUCAUGUCACCUAGGACACGAAUGGUAAGGGGACUUCUUGCCAUAUUAAGGGCGUGCACUAGAAACAGAGCAAUGUGCUCAAUGGCUGGUCUGCUAGGAGUACUCUUGAGAACAGCAGAAAAAAUUUUCACUGUAGAUGUUGGCUUAAAUGGGCAAAUAAGAUGGGAUGGAACUCCUUUGUGCCGCUGCAUACAAUACUUGGCUGGGCAUUCUCUUACUGUUAGUGAUCUUCGUAGAUGGUUUCAAGUCAUUCCAAGGACACUUACCACAAUUUGGGCUUCGCGCUUGAUGCUUGCAUUGGAAAAAGCAAUAAGUGAAAAGGAAUCUACUGGACCAGCUUGCACUUUUGAGUUUGAUGGGGAAAGUUCUGGUUUGUUGGGUCCAGGUGAGGGUCGCUGGCCUUUUAUCCAUGGGUAUGCAUUUGCAACUUGGAUCUACAUUGAAUCAUUUGCUGACGCUCUAAAUACAGCUACAGUAGCUGCUGCAAUUGCUGCGGCUGCAUCUGCUAAGUCAGGUAAGUCAUCAGCUAUGUCGGCUGCUGCAGCAGCUAGUGCUCUUGCUGGUGAAGGUACGGCACACAUGCCACGUUUAUUCAGUUUUUUAUCUGCUGAUAAUCAGGGUAUAGAGGCUUAUUUUCAUGCUCAAUUUUUGGUUGUUGAAAUUGGUUGUGGGAAGGCAAAGAAAUCUGCUUUACAUUUUACCUAUGCAUUUAGACCACAAUGCUGGUACUUCAUUGGUCUUGAACAUACAAGUAAGAAUGGUAUUAUUGGGCAUGCAGAAAAUGAAAUUAGAUUAUAUGUAGAUGGGUCUUUAUACGAAAUUCGUCCUUUUGAGUUCCCCAGGAUUUCCAAACCUCUUGCAUUUUGCUGCAUAGGAACUAACCCUCCUCCUACUAUGGCUGGUUUGCAACGGCGUCGGCGUCAAUGCCCGUUGUUUGCUGAGAUGGGACCUGUUUACAUCUUUAAGGAACCAAUUGGCCCUGAAAGGAUGGCACGCUUGGCUUCUAGAGGAGGGGAUAUAGUACCUUCUUUUGGUAAUGCAGCAGGGCUACCAUGGCUUGCAACAAAUGCCCAGGUUCAGAGCAAGGCAGAGGAAAGUGUUCUUUUGGAUGCAGAAAUUGGAGAUUUCAUUCACUUACUCUAUCAUCCUAGUUUGCUUAGUGGGCGUUUCUGUCCAGAUGCUUCACCUUCUGGUGCUGCAGGAUUGCUUAGACGCCCAGCUGAGGUUCUUGGGCAAGUCCAUGUUGCUACACGAAUUCGACCUGUGGAUGCUUUGUGGGCAUUGGCUUACGGUGGUCCAUUAUCUUUGCUCCCCUUAGCAAUUAGCAAUGUACACGAGGAUACUCUAGAACCACGGCAAGGGAAUCUUUCUGUGUCUGUAGCCACUUCAUCUCUUGCUGGUCCAAUAUUUCGAAUUAUAUCAAUGGCUAUUCAACAUCCAAGGAACCAUGAGGAGUUGGCUCGUUGCAAAGGACCUGAGAUUCUUUCAAAGAUUUUAAAUUACCUUCUCCAAACCCUGUCCUCACUUUGUGAUGGAACACAUGAUGGUGUAGGUGACGAAGAACUUGUCGUUGCAGUUGUCUCACUUUGUCUAUCUCAAAAAAUCAACCAUACGCUCAAAGUGCAUCUCUUCACCACACUGCUGCUGGAUUUAAAAAUUUGGAGUUUAUGUAGUUAUGGCAUACAAAAGAAGCUUCUAUCAUCUCUUGCCGACAUGGUUUUCACUGAGUCGGUAGUGAUGCGAGAAGCCAAUGCCAUUCAGAUGCUUCUUGAUGGUUGUAGAAGAAGCUAUUGGACUGUUCCAGAAAAAGAUUCAGUAAAAAAUUUUUCUCUAACUGGAUCAACAAGACCGACUGGUGAGGUCAAUGCUUUGGUUGACGAGCUCUUAGUGGUAAUUGAACUUCUAAUAGUGGCAGCAUCUCCUUCAAUGGCCUCAGAUGAUGUCCGAUGUUUACUUGGGUUCAUGAUUGACAGUCGACAACCUGGUCAGUUCCGGAUAGUACUGAUAAAUAGUGAUAAUAUUGUUAAUGGUAGUGCUAAUGGCGGUGACAAUAAAUGUGGUUGCAAUGAUGGUGUUGACACUAGUGGUAGUAGUAGUGAUAAUAGUGGUGGUGGAGACGGUGAUUGCAAUAUUGGAGAUGGACGUGACAAGAAUGAUUGGCGUGCUACUGUGCUGUUGGUUGUGCAGCCUAAUACAGCUAGAGCUCACUCAUUUGCAAAAGCAUUCCUAGCAUGUGGUGGGAUAGAAACUCUUCUUGUUCUUCUCCAGAGGGAAGCUAAAGCUGGAGAAAGUGAUGUCCAGGAAUCGGUGCAAAAGAAUCCUGAAUUUAGAAAAAAUGAAACUAAUGGUUGCACAGAAAUCACAGAAACUUGUCAGGAUGAUGAAGGAUCAAAUGGGAAAAAUGAAGCCAUCUUACAAAGUGAUGAUGAUUGUCAAUCUGCUGAUAGUAGCAGUAACAUUGAUCCUGGUUCUCCUGAUGUGUAUAAUGAAAGGAUGACAAUUACAUCAGAAAUUCCGUCUGUCAAGAAUUUGGGAGGCAUAAGUCUAUCCAUCAGUGCUGACAGUGCUAGGAAAAAUGUUUAUAAUGUUGAUAACAAUGAUGGCAUUGUUGUUGGGGUUGUAGGUUUAUUAGGUGCUUUAGUCGCUUCUGGGCAUCUGAGGUUUGCUUCUCGUGCUGGUCUUGAUACAGCAAGUAACCUUUUGGGUGUUGGACUGCAAGAUGGAGCAAGUACAAUGUUUGAUGAUAAGGUUUCUUUUCUUUUUUAUGCCUUACAAAAGGCUUUCCAAGCAGCACCCCGUAGACUGAUGACAAACAAUGUCUAUACAGCUUUAUUGACUGCCUCGAUCAAUGCUUCUUCAACAGAGAAUGGGCUAAACUUAAAUGAUUCUGGUCAUCGCUUUGAGCAUUCACAGCUACUAUUAGCGCUUUUACAUUCCCUUCCGCUUGCACCUAGGUCUCUGCAGAGCAGAGCAUUACAGAACAUGUCCAUGACAGCCAUGUCUUCCAUUGUGGAUGAUUUUGAGAUAAAGGUAGAGAAUAGCCUAUUAGAUGUGGAAGAGGAUAAAAAGUAUGUGGAAUGGAGAGAUGUGUUAAGCACAGCCAUGUCCUUGAAACUUCAACUGGACAGUAGCAGCUCAAGUGGUGUAGUUGGCUCUUGCUGUGAGUUUUUCACAGAUUGGCAAACACAGAUAGCCAUAGAACAACAAUGUUAUACCAAACAGCCACGAAACAGAGUAGCUGAAGGAGGAGGAGCAAGGAAGAAGGGUCACUGUAGGAAGGCACAUGUCGGAAGGGAAGCAGCAUGCCAAGACAUGAGGUGCAUGAAUUUUAUGCACAAGAGAGUAGCGGUGCAUGGGGCAGUAGACAGCAUUGGUCAAGCUAGAGAAGCUGGCAGCGAAAAGGAUAAUGGUGGAGACAUAGUAGGUGCUAAAGAGACCCCUGGCAUUUCUGCAUGUGGUGAGAUGUUCAGGGAUCAAAGGGCAUCGGUUUUAGGCUGUUUUCCUUUAUUCCUUGGUGUUCAAUCAGCCUUUUUUGCAGAUGCCAUGGGAGCUAUUGUGGAUGUGGAGAUUGCUACUAGCAAAGGAUGGACCAAACUUUGGAUUGAGUGA